AAGGGAAAGGGAAAGGGAAAGGGAAAGGGAAAGGGAAAGGGAAAGGGAAAGGGAAAGGGAAAGGGAAAG